GAUUCCACGCGUGGAUUGAGUUCCACGAGAGUUUGAUAGACAUCGCCGAGCAGUACCAAUAGAACCUAAUCCUGAUCUAGACAAUAAAUCGCAAGCAUGCUUGAUGACUGCUUCGAAGCGCCAACAAUAUGCCCGGAAGCCGGCAAGGUUCUAGAUCACAGAACUUUCCUCAGCACUGUAAUCGCACGCAGAGAAGAAUUUCAGCUUCUUUCUUUCUUUUUUUUAUCCAUUAUAUUAUUUAUCAUAUUAAUUAUUUUGUUUGAUCCUUGCCUUCGUCGGGGGUUUAGCCACUUUGACAAUAUCGAGGAUUGUCAAGACAGGGAUGAAGUUUGUUCUGUUGUCUUGGCCUUCAGUAGAACCACU